AUGGAUGAGUUUCAACCAGAGCUAGGGUUAGAUAAUACAAAUGAUUCAAGUAACGUUGAUAUGGAUUUUCAUCAAUUACUGACAAGAGCUAAUGUGGACUUUGAUGAUAAAUCAAAGUUGGAUAUACAACUUAAUAAGGGUGUUUUAUCCGUCCCAACCCCACCAACUUCGUCAUCCUCAUCGUCCUCACCCUCCGUUCCUACACCUGCCAACUCUAACGAUAAGGAAUUUGAAGCUGCCAUUGAAUCAGCUAUGAAGUUGACCUCCGGUGAUUUAUUGGACUCAACUAUUCUGAAUGCAGAUAAGCAUUUUACUUUGGAUAGCUUGUUAGGUGACGAGAAUGACACAGAUAUGUUAUUUGCCCUACAAAUGGCAGACAAUCAAACACAAGCUCAUAAAUCCAUAGAGGGGGAAAAUUCCAAUAUUAAGAGAAAUAUAUCCGAAUCUGAUGAUAGUCUAAUAGUUGAUACAAAAAAUAAAAAGAUUAAACUAGAUGAAAAAUUUGGAACAAUAAUGGAGAUACAGAAAGGUGACAGCACGCAUAUAUUAUCACCAGUAUCACUUUCACCCUCUUCUGAGGCAAACAUAAGUCAAAACCAAAUAAAGCAGGGGAAGCAUAUAGCAUCCGAUCCUCAAUUAUCCAUAGAAAAGUUAUCUUUUGACAAAAAAAAGCAUAUCAUAAAAAGAUCGACAAGUAAACCUUUAAUUCAACCAAAAGAAGAAAAAGUAAAAGCUGAAACAGUAUAUCAGGAACUUCCGUUACCUGAAAAGUUAACCAAUGAAUAUACCAUGCUUCAAAUUCAAGAGACAAAAAGAAGGAUAAUAAACACACACAAACUGAUGUUGAAUUUUAACUUCCUAAAAGAUGGGUACGCAAGAUCUUGUGUGGAGUUAAAGAAGACAAUGAACUGCCUAAAAGAUAGUGAAAUUCACAGGGCCCAUCUGUUAUCAGAGAAUGAAAUAAUAAAGACAGAAAAUGCUAAGCUUCGUGAAGAAUUAGCUGCUCUGAAGAAUGCACCACUGAAGAAUCCAAAUUCAGCUAAUCAAAUCGAGUACCCUCAAUUAAUUGAUAUCGAUAAUGAUGGAUUGACUGAAUUACAAUUAGAUUAA